AUGACCACUACCAUAUGUCACGACAUGAUCCACAAAGAUGUUGAAGUCUACGUCGACAACAUGAUGGUAAAAUCAGACACGGAAGAGAAUCGCUGGGAAGGCCUCAAAAAAUUCCAAGCAAGAGCUGAACGCUACAACUUAAGACUCAAUCCCAAAAAAUGCAUUUUCGGGGUAGCCGAAGGAGAAUUGCUUGGGCACAUAGUCAGAAAUGAUAGAAUGAAGAUUGACCCUAACAAAGUAAAGGCCAUCAGCGAAAUGCCAGUGACAAGGAUCGAGACAAAAGUGAGGGGUAUCACUCACAGGCCAGCACCUCGGUUGUUGGUACUCAUGAUUGAGGAGACCUAUCAAAGAUACAGCUCUAGGCUAAAUCAAAUUCCAGAUUUCAAAACGGACUUCCAAGUCCACCCUACAUGUUUUCAACUCCUUCGAGAAAGGGGUUUAGAUUCAUUGCACCGACAAGUGCCAUCUAUCUUCUUUGGAAUUGCUAGAAGAGAGCUUUUUGCAGGAACGCCAACUCUUGCAUUGCGAUGCGAGGGUCCAUACCAAAAUACCUAG